AUCGUCACCAGUCGAUCGUGUAAAAAACAAAGCCUCAUUCAUAUUUCCCAUUAAUACAAACAACGCACACACAUUUCGAAAUAUCCUACGUCCAAGAAGAUAAUUGGCUUCUUCGUAUAAAUACGGUACUCCAGCAGUACUUUGCAUCACACCACUUUUGCAUUCCUUCGAGCAAUACGUUAAAGAAUUUUUUUUCAUCAAAAAAUGUUCGUGAAAAUUUCCGUGCUAUUUUUCGCAAUUAUGUCGUUCGUUUCAAGUGCACCAGCACCCGGGUUCCUUGGAGAGUACCAUGGAGUACCCGCUGCAACCUCGUACUCGUCUAGAAUCGAUAUUCAUGGACCAGACUACGUGAAAACCUACGCUUCAGCACCUGUGAUAACGAAAACUGUCGUGGCCACACCAAUUGUGAAGGCUGUGGUACCUGCUGUGUACCAUGAACCUUUAGUGGCUGGGUAUGGAGGUUAUGGAUAUGGUCUGAGUCACGAUUACGGAUUAGGGUAUGGAGUGGGUUAUGGAUAUGGUAUUGGGCACCAUUACUGAAGAGAAGGGAUCAAGUAUUUUUUUUUAAACCGUGAUGUAUUUUAUGUAAAUAGUUUAUUUGUGUUUAUGUGUGUUAAGUUAUAUUAUUUUUGUAUGAUAAAUAAAUGCGCCAGUUUGUAUUAAUAUGA